AUGACAACCACAUCUUCCUUCCCGUUUUCUACGAUGGAGGCCCCUCUAAUGGAUGAUACGAUGGAAAUGGCGUCUCCAUACCAGGGCCACGCUGAUGAUUUUGAUAUUGAUAUCGAUGUCAUGGAGGACCAAGCUUCAAAUCCAGACAGAGACAUGACGGUGACAGAUGAAUACCUAGACAACUCUCAUGGCCCAAGCUACGACCAAAAUGGAUCCCCCGAUGAGGACAUGAUUGAUGAUAUAGCUGAGCCAACCAUGGUCGACGCGGACGAGCAGUAUGAGACGCACCAGAACGUCGAGAUGCAGUAUGAGGACGAAAAGACCUACGAGACAGAAAUGUUAGAAGACGAAUAUGAAGAGGAUAUUGAUGCACCUGUCCCUGAAGCCCAGCCCGGAGUACAUGAAUCCCCGAAAGAUGCAAGUGACCAGCGAACCCCAGGAGAAACUCCCCCGCGAGAAGAUGGAGAUCUUUAUGAGGAUCACGAAAAAACCACUGUGGAAUCUCACCCGGAGACUGGGGCCGAAACUGCCGAUGGAAAUAAACCUGAGGAAUUUGAGCAAACUGGUGACACGGAUGCCCGCGGCGCCGCCGAUGAGCCGGAAACGAACACCUUGGAGCCCGAACAAAUCCCGGAAACUGCGGAUCAUACUAAUGAGCUGGAACAAACAAAUCAAGGAGCAGUUCAUCUAGAUGAACAUGUUGAGAAUGUCGAGGACCUGAACAAACUUGAGACAGGGCAAGAUGACCCUAGUCAAACCCAAGCUCCCGCUGACGAGCAUAAGGAAGUGGAUGUAAAACUACAGGACGAACAAUCUGAUGCCCACCAAGAAGCUGCGCAACAGGCACACGAACCGGCUGACAAACCGGCUGAUCAAGCACUAUACCCCGUGAAAGUCUACUAUCAAGAAAAUGAGAUCUCAUUGUUUCCUCCUCGAGAGGGAGACUCUUCGGAAACCUUUUUCCUUGAAGAGGAGGGUCUAGCUUAUGAGCCGUUUAAAAAAUUAUUUGAGUCUUUGCGGGAAGUUCUCCAGGAUCAUAUCAAUACGAAUGAGGUUUUAGUGAUGGAAGUUGAGUCUCUGAAUAUUCAACUAACGGAGGACUCUUUGAAUACGAAUAAGGUUACAUUACACCAAAUUGUCGAUGUUUAUCUGCAGCUGUGCCACAACGAUGGAAUUGAAGAGCCAGAAGCACUGUAUCUCACACUUAGCACUAGACUAACAAUUGCUGCCGAGAUAUCCGAUCUUCUCCUAGCCGCAAGUGAGGGAAAGGGUUUAUCCGAGAUCCACACCUGGGGAGAAUACAACGAAGGAGAGGGCGCUUCAGGAGAGUUUGAAGAAGAAUUCGUUCCAGAGCCUAAUCCGGACGAGUUUGAGAAUCCCCAAGAAGCCGAAAACCCCCAGGGCAGUUUACCACAGGAUGAUGAAGUUGAAACUGCUGCAGUGCAGGAUCAGAGCGGUCGCAGCCCCCAGAGCAGCGGUGCAGCCCUAGAAGGAAAUGAUGGCAUUGCCCCAGAAUUUCAUGACCACAGCGCUGAAAUAGUUGAAGGUAGAGAGGUUGCCGAUGCGUCUGGCGGGUCUGAGGCCCCGGAUGUUGACGAAGGAGAGAAUCCCAACCAUCAAGAAGACUUUUACGACGUGGAAGAACAACAAACAGAAUCGACUGCUACACUUGAACAGCUUCCCACCGAAUCCACAGAAGAGCAACCGGAACAAGGAGACCGUAACGAGCCCUCUUAUGAUGGGGACGAUCUUCGAGACGAGUAUCAUGAUGAGGGAGAAUACGAUGAGGGAGAAUAUGAUGAGGGAGAAUAUGAUGACGAAGAUGAUCGCGGAGAGGAAACUAAUCUAGAUGCUCUUGGACACACUGAAGACCUUGAGGAAUCUAAGGAUACCGAUACCCGGGAAUUCACAGAGGCCAGCCAUGAAGACCACUCGGAAUAUAACGAACAAGUAAUUCAGGAGGAUCUUGCUCCGGCCGAAAGUUCCCCAAAUAGCAAAGCUGUCGCUGCAGAGGCCUUGCAGAAUGAUGGCAAUACACACGAAGAGCCCAUCUUGGAUUCAACUUCCCCAACUUCGAAGUCUCGCCAGUCUCCGCACUUGGAGGAUGACUCACUAGCUAUCACAGAAGGCCUCUUGAAGGGCCCUACCCAAGACUCGAAAAAUUAUGACCAGGGUGUCGGAGAUGCAAGCGAACCACAGGAGUUUAACGAGGAGGCCGAGCACGAUUCUCCAUUGCCUGUUACCAACGAUCAAGCUGCAGAUUUUGUUUUCGACGAAGACACUGAGUACCUCGAGCUAGGGAUCGCAGAAGAAGGCCUUGGCGAUUUUGACGACGAUGCCGAUGCCGAUGCCGUAUCACCCAGUCACGUUCAUACCAAACGGUCCCGCGAGCCCGACGACGAAUUUGAUAUAAUCGAAACUCCAACUCCAGAGGCCAAGCGUUCUCGAUCUUCCUAA